UAAGUGGUACAUCACGUUCUGUUAUCCGCCGCCUUGCUUGCUUGAUGUUGAGUGCUGAAAGUACUCAAAACUUUUAUCAAACACUUGAUAAAAUAUUGAGAUAUGUAUAAGCAGUAUUGUAGUAUUGUAUUUGUAUGUGAUAAACACCAACUUCAGUUUCACGUCAGUCUCUUAUAUCUCCAUUUAGUCUUUAUUCUCUCUUUCCCUUCUUUGCAUCACAAUUCUAUAAAUACCACACCAUAUAUACCUUGUCACCCACCACCUUCAUUUUCCAUUGCUCUUUCACUCCAACCUUCCUUCCUUUGCUCCAAAAAUGGGAGAUAACAAUGUCAACCUCCCACCCGGGUUUCGCUUCUACCCCACAGAUGAAGAGCUUGUUGUUCAUUUCCUUCAAAGAAAGGCAAACCUUCUUCCUUGCCAUCCAGAUGUCAUCCCUGAUCUUGAACUCUACCCAUAUGAUCCUUGGGAACUUCAUGGUAGAGCUUUGGCAGAGGGAAAGCAAUGGUACUACUACAGCAGAAGGACACAAAAUAGGGUCACUGGCAAUGGUUAUUGGAUGCCAAUGGGAAUGGAAGAGCCAGUGGUUUCAAGCUCAAGCAAUAAGAGAGUUGGCAUGAAGAAAUAUUAUGUGUUCCAUUUGGGAGAAGCCCCUGAUGGUAACACAACCAAUUGGAUAAUGCAAGAGUAUCGUCUAUUAGAUUCUGAUUCCUCUAGCAGAUCAUCUAAAAGAAGAUCACAACCUAAACCGGACCAUAAUAAAUGGGUGAUAUGUCAAGUUUAUGAACAGGAUAACGAUGAUGAUGGUGAUGGUACAGAACUCUCUUGUUUGGAUGAAGUUUUCUUGUCAUUGGAUGAUCUUGAAGAAAUAAGUUUGCCAAAUUAGAUGAUUAUGCAAGUGAUCUAGUUAGCUGCAUUUUAUAUCCAAAUAGGAUAUUAGUUUAAGCUAAUUGUUGUUAUCAUUAUUAUUAAUAUUGUUAUUUACUGGUUGUAGUUAAAUGCAUUAGCAGUUUUUAGCUGCCAUUGUAAUCAGUGAAGUCGCUAUAGCUAGAUUUCUAUAUAGCAGCCUUUCAAGUGGGGCACUAGAUGAAAUUCGUGGCCAAACAAUAUGCAGUGUGACGUUAUGCUUUCAAAGAUCCCAUUCACUACUACAAGCAGAGGUCAAUCUUGGAAAAUUCUACGCUCUUUAGUCCUUAUUCCAACACGUGGAUAAUCACAUAUCUAGUAUCUAUUCUCAGCCAUUAAUAUAGGAGUCUUCAUUCCUCCAAUUCAAGAUAAGAUAUGCAAAAGGUCUAUUUCUUGUUUCUUAAUUUAAUUUUACAUGUAUCAUCAAUUUAGCAUAUAAUCACUUUACUACUGUUGCAUGAAAGUUUUGUGCACUUAAAGAUAUUUUCAUAGAAGAACAGCAACAAAGUCUUAUCCUCCA